AUCAGAAACAUCUGAAAUAACAUCUACUAAGAGCUAAACGCAUCAUCUAGCUGUUAGCUCAAAGCUUUCUCUAACAAAACACUACAGAUCACCCAGCUGGACGAAUUUAAACAUAAUAAUAAAACUUUCUAUAAUAAAAUACGUUUACUUAUUACAAAAUACAUGUUUAAACAGUUAUUGUGGCUUUACAGAGACCGCGAUAUUAAAAGUAACAGAAGUGUCCUAGCUGACAAACUCACAAGCUAAUAAGCUAGCUUCAUCCUUAAAGUACGUGGAAGAGUUCACUGGGAUGGCUUUUUACAUAAAACUAGUCCUCUUGUACUGUCAAAGUUAAGUGAUAGUUACGGCUAUAAAAAAAAUAAGGGCUCGUACAUUAUCCAUUUAUAUAUUCGGAAGUAAAAACAGCUAAAACACUAGACUGUGCUAGCAUGCUAGCUCAGAAAAGAGCUGAUCCGUCCCGACGCCAUGUUGACCAAAACAAAAUGGCUGAACAGGAGAUUAGUUGACAAAGUCAGCUGGCUGCAUUUAUAGUUUCUACAGGCUGCUUUUCCGAGGCUAAGGCAGUGCUAUCAUGUGAUAAGUGUUGUAGGCUUAACAAGAAGACCUAAACUGCGGUUAAAUUCACGGGUGUCUUCUCUCCUAAGUGAUCAUGAUCAAGUUCCUGCUGAUGGUGAAUAAGCAGGGCCAGACUCGCCUGUCUAAGCAUUAUGAGCAUGUGGACAUUGGGAAAAGAGCUGCUCUGGAGGUCGAUGUGGUCAAGGCCUGUCUGUUCAGGAAGAAAGACGAGUGCUCGUUUGUGGAGUAUAAGGACUACAAGCUCGUGUAUCGGCAGUACGCAGCUCUUUUCAUUGUAGUUGGUAUCACCGACAACGAAAACGAACUCUCCAUUUAUGAGCUCAUCCACAACUUUAUUGAAGUGCUUGACAAGUACUUCAGUCGGGUGAGUGAAUUAGAUAUUAUGUUUAAUUUGGACAAAGUACACAUCAUUCUUGAUGAGAUGAUCCUGAACGGACACAUCGUGGAGACCAACAAGAACCGCAUACUUGCACCACUGCUGGCCUUAGACAAGAUGGCAGAAGGAUGAAUGAAACAGCUACACUUGGGAAAUGUGUACUGAACAUGCUCAUGAACAUGCUCUAUUUAAAUAUUCAACUAUUACCUCACCGUUGUUGAUUUUUUU